GCAUCCCCACCGGGCAGCCCCCUGCCACUCCACCAGGCGCCUAGUCCCAAGACAGCCGGGGAACCCUUGCGAAUCACAUCCGUAAAAGCGUCGGGGCGCAAGGGGCGGGGCGAGCCCCGUAGGAGAAAAUCGGGCCUCCCUGCCUACUACUCGCGGUCCCGCUGGGGUCGCUGCCCGCCACCCAGCCGCCCCUCUCGCUGAACCCGCAGUAUCGCCCGCGCGCCCCGAGCCCCUCCAGGCCAGAGGCUCCCGCAGGUGAUGGCGGACGAGGGUGCGGGGGGCCUGGAAACCGCCGCGCGCCCGGUCACCGCGUCUGGGGCCCAAGAGGCUGGGGGACGCGGGUAUCCCGACCCCGCAGCCCGCCCAGGGACCGCCCUACCUGCCCCGGGGGGCCGGGAAGCGGCCUCCGCGGCCACUGGCCUGAGCCCAGAAAACGGCCUCUUCGGGGACGGGGGCCCAGAAACCUGUGGCACAGAAGGGUGGGAGGCUCGGGCUGGAGCCGGCGGGAAGGCAGAGGAAGUGACGACUGGGGAGGGCGCCAUCUUCAUGGAGGAGGCGGAGCGGGAGGUGGGGAAGCAGCCUGGGGGAGAGGAGAUGGAGGUGGCCGAGAAGCUGGUGCGGGGGGAGAAGCUGGAGGUGGGAGCGGAGGCGCAGCAAGGCCCGGGGCCCCUGAACUUUGGUGGCCCAGUUGUGGACCCGCUGGAAGCCAUCCAGUGGGAGCUGGAGGCCGUGAGUGCCCAGGCAGACAGGGCCUACCUGCGGCUGGAGCGCAGGUUUGGGCGCAUGCACCGGUUGCACCUAGCCCGAAGGAGCUCCAUCAUCCAGAAUAUUCCUGGCUUCUGGGUCACCACCUUCCUGAACCACCCGCAGCUGUCAGCCAUGAUCAGCCCCCGAGGCGAAGACAUGCUCUGCUACCUGAUGAAUUUGGAAGUGAGGGAGCACAGGCACGCCAGGACGGGCUGCAAGUUCAAGUUCAGUUUUGGGGGCAACCCCUACUUCCGGAACAAGGUGAUAGUGAAGAAGUAUGAGUGCAGAUCCUUAGGCCGGGUGGUGUCAAUUGCAAGUCGCAUUUGCUGGCACUGGGGCCAGGAACCUCCAACUCUGGUACACAGGAACCGGGACACCAUCCACAGCUUCUUCAGCUGGUUCUCAAAGCACAGCCUCCCGGAGGCCGACAGGGUUGCCCAGAUUAUUAAAGAGGACCUGUGGCCCAACCCCCUGCAGUACUACCUGCUCUGGGAUAGGCCCCACAGAGCCAGGCAAGGCCUAGCAAGGUGGCCCACAGAGGCCCCUCCUAGGCCCUAUGGGUUCCAGUCUGGCUAAGUCCUGCCCUGGGACCUGGCCCCUACACAAGACUCCUUUCUGCCUCCUGGGGACCUGGGCUUAGGCCAGCCAUGGCACUCUGCUGUCUGCUUUCUGUUCCAUGUACUCUGACCCCUUUGGACUUCAGUGGACUCAGCUCCGAGAUUGUGGCCUUCAUGGCCACGCUCUUCUAUUUCCAUGUAGGCUCCAUGCAUCACGUGACUGUCACAUGCCACAGUGUCUACCCAAGCACCCAGCGCUGUGGACAGGUACUACCAUCAUCUUCAUGGCCUGGACCUGUCUUUGAUCAUGGCCUUCCACCCAUUUUUUUUUUUUUUUUUGCGGUACGCGGGCCUCUCACUGUUGUGGC